GGAAACGAGAGGAGCAAGAAGGCGAGGAGAGGCAGCGGCGAAGCGGAGGAACAGCCGCAUAAACCGAGGAUGAACCGAGUGAGGUUGAUCGAGAAGCUGUCCGACAAUGGUCGAGCGACGACGGAGAUCUCGUCGGAGGGAGCCGGGGAGAGCGCACGCAGCAGCGCUGCUUGCCGGAGGGAAAGCUCGGUGGAAAGCUCGACGCAGAGAGCUGAUGCAGGGCGCUGGCAGCAGAGACGGAGAUUCGGCGAGCGGCGGGCGGCGAGCAACGUCGGCGGCAGUGCCGUGAGCUCUCCAAGCGAGAGUAAGAGGAACCGGCGGAGGGGAAAGGCGACGCCUUCUUCCCCGUCGGCGAGAUCGCUGGAGGAGGCGAGAGGUGGAGAGAGGUUCCGUCUCUGUCAGAAGAAGAAGGGAGUUCGAUAAAGAGAAAGCUUGACGGAGUGUCCGGCGACGGUGCUGCGAUCGCCGGAGAAGAGCGGCGACGGAGAAAGCCGAGAAGAGUUUUAGGGAUUUCAAUUAAAAAGAAAUGAGAUUUGGGGGAGAGAAACCGAUGGUGGAGAAGGAGUAUAUUGGGUCUUUGUUGGGCCUAUUCCAUUACUCUUGAUUUAAUGCUAUUAGGAGUUGAUUGUGUUUAAGGUUUGGGCCAGAAGGGAGUAAAUAAAGUAGAGCUGGGCCUGUGAAUUAAAUAGAAAUUGGGCCAAGUCCCAUUUGGUUAGUUAAAAUGAAUGGACCAAUUUUGUGAAUGGUUUAAAUAAGCGGAGAUUUUAAUU